GUUUUGAAUUUUAUGAUACUCUCUUCUGAUUCCAAAAAAAUACGCGAUUUUGAAAUAUCAUAAUUUUCACAUUUACUUGUCUUUUCGUUAUGUUUUAUGUAUGCUUUAGAAUCGUACAUUUGUUCAAUUUCGAUAAAAUUUCGAAAUAAGUGCAAUAAUAAAGCUGUAUUAAUUUCCCAUCUACAUAACAAUUGUGAGGUGAACCUUGUUUCGCGUUGUAAAGUAUACGCAAAAUAGGAAAGAGUGCGUAAAUGUGUGUCUUACAGAUACUGAAAUCCAUUACUCAAGAUAUCAAUUAUUUUGAUCCCAAUGAAUAUAUUGAAUAGCUAACGUAAAAUCAAAUAAACAGAAAUGACGCGAUUGCACCAUUAUCGCAAGCCACGCGAAAAGGCUUUUGUUAUCACGAUAUUAUUUCGCGGGGGGUUUUUAAUUUUUCCAAAAUUCUAUAAAAUAAUUCUCGAGAAUGCUUAUAUCUUUAUGUUUAUCUGUUUGAUUCACAUUUUCAGUUGCUAUUUAUCACAAUAGAUAAAAUUUGACAAUAAUGACAAUAUCAUAAGUAAUGUUUAAUUUUUAUCACAAUAGAUAAAACUUGAUAAUAAUGACAAUAUCAUGAGUAAUGUUUAAACAACAUAGAGUAUAUGAGACUUUCAAGGUGCAUUCUUUACACAUACGCACACACAUAUUUAAAAAAAAUGAUUGUUUCAUAAUUCUAUUUUUAAAUUACAUUUUUAAAUUAUAUAAUUCUAUUUUUAACUUUCUAUUUUUACAUAUUGGCUUAUAUAUAAGCUGAGAAACUACGGAAAGGUUCACAGAACAUUUUGAAGAGGGCUAACAGAAACGAAAUCAGUAAAAACUAUUAUAAAAUGGGAAAACUCAUCUUACUUCUUUGCUUUGCGCUUCUCGCAGUGACUUUGACCAUAGCUUGUGGUCCACCUGGCAACAUGUGUUCAACUGACGAUCAGUGUUGCCAUCUUUACAAAUGUAAUAGAUUCAUAGGACGUUGCAUUGCCGAAGGCAACUUCCCACAGGAAUCGGUCCCGGUGGAGGGCUAAGAGGACCUUAAGUUACCAAUUAACAAGGAAAUGAGUGAUUGACUUGCAUUACGUUCUAUUGGCCCACGAUUUAAUCUUUUGCUAUAAUUCAUUAAAAUCAUAAUGUAAUUCACAUUUACGUUAUAAUUAAAAAUAUAUGUUUGCUUAUUCAUUA